AUGGACAAAACAGUCGAGAUUGUAGAAUACAAAGGGAAGAUCCCCACGUUAACCACUCUCGUGCACAGAUUCCGAGGCAACCUGAUAGCACGUUACGCCGAGAAACUUGGGUAUAAGAUUUCCGACGAUGAUUCCUUCGUCGUUAUGAAGAAAUGGUUGGACGAAGCCGACACCUCCGCAGCAAGGGCCUAUGCAUACCUUGAAUCGCUCACCGAUGUCCCAAGAAAUCCGAAGGCCAAUCCAACUGGCGGUGAUGAUCUUGUCAGCUCAGACUGGCUUGAGGCUGUGAAACCUUGGUUACAUUGCCACUUGUGCAUUACAGAUAAUGCUAAGCAAUUGAGAAUAUACAUGGGUCACCAACAACUCGGCACGGAUAAAAAACAACUUUUAAUACAUUUCAUCAAGAAAACGGAUGCCGGGCAGUGGGAAUACGUGAAACCAUGGGGACCUGUCAAGCCUACGCCGCCCCCUGAGAAGCCUGACCCUGAGAAGCCCGUGGUCCUCGCAAUGGGUGCACCUCGUACAAGCAAUGUCGACGUCAGCACCACAACAAUGGACGACGCCCUCUUGGACCCUCGGCUUCUGGACGACUCUCCUCCACAUCCUCUAUCCACGGAUGACACUCGGUUUCUAGAGAAGGCCGCCACAAUUCUUGAUGCUGACAAUGGCAAUGGCAACAGUGAACCAUCUCAGCCUCCAGUUGCCCUGGGCGUGCUCCCGCCGAACCUUUUCAGCGGCUUUGGCGGGCUGGACGCGUCAUGCGCUUUUGGGUCUCUUGAGAGUUUCAAAGCGAAUGUGUUCGAUUUAUCCAUCUCCAACCCGCUCAAGAUAUCUACAUUUACCUGCACGGGAUCCGACAGCAAAACAGCCCAGUACACCGUUCCAAGCUACCUCAACUUGACCUGGGGUACCGUAUCCGAGUACUUUUCGGCGACUGGUACCUCCAAGGUCGACUUCAUUCACGAUCUUUCCGACACGAUGGAUCUUGGGUUCGACUUCUUCGGCUUCGGCGCCGAAUUCAAGCGAACCUUUGACGAGCACACGAAGGAGGAAACCUUCCAGAAGUACAUGGCUCAAUACGACCAAGAAAUUGUGUACAAGGUCGGUCUGAAGAACAAGGACGAGGUCAAGGAACACCUAUCUCCUGAUUUCAAGAAAGCCUUGGCCACCUGGACUGCGGAAAAGAUAGUUGAUCAGUUCGGUACCCAUUUCAUGACGGAAGCUUGUUUUGGAGGUCUCCGAAUCUACUCAUCCACAUUGGAUGAGUUGAACAACGUCACCAAGCAUGAUCUGGUUGAUGCGAUCGAGUUGAAAGCUCCUAUCAUCGACCCCGAUACUGGAAAAAAGGUAGGGAACGUCAGCGCAAAACCAAAUAGCGAAGACCAUGUCGUCAACUCCAUUCUGCAAACUAUGGAUGUACUUAAGACCAAAACCAUAGGCGGCACUGCUCCAGAUGGAGAAGCUUUGUUCGAUUGGAGACAAUCUCUGGCAUCCAACCCUUCGGUUGUCAAGUACAAGGUCAAGUCCCUUGACACGCUGGUUGACGAUCCGACCAAAAAGUCCGCGCUGCAGACAGCCAUCAAGGCCCGUCUGGCGAUGACUGAGCCAGUAGACGGUUGCAACGUGCUUGCAAUCCGGGUCCCUCUCAAGCCAUAUUACUCGGACCGAGAUUCUCGCGGCAAGCACGACAUCAGCGUCGCUUACCCAGACAUCCCAAAGGGUUGGUAUGCUGUUGGCCAAUUUGCCCAGCCUGCUGCCCUGGAGAAUGCCUUCUACGGCAAAAGCUACUGUAUUGCUGUGCGAGGCAAUCCGAACUUCGACCUCGACCCGGACCGUGCAUGCCCUGCGUUGUUCGGGGCGACGUCCGCUAAACGACGCUGGUACACCGAGCGCCAGGGCAACAAUUACGGCAUGUUUACUCCGGUCUUCGACAGCUCUUACCAAGACGACCUGCUCAAAAAGUACCCUGCCCUCAAGACGUCUCCGCAGGUGCCGCUGAUCGACCAGUAUCAGGCACUCGGCGAUAUUUUCGAGCCCGCGGUCGACCCACAGUCUAUCCCUCGCACCUCGUUGGAAAACAUCGCCUGCUUCCACACCAGCUGCUUGAAGGAGCUGCCCAAAUUCCCUCCUAAAGUCUGGAUUUGGGAUGACACAAACACACAUGGAACGCCCGACGUGACCGUCAUGGGUGCCCCGAACUUGGAAAUGCCCGAUGGGAAGUCGAAGGAGCGGCGACAGAUGGUUAUCCAGGCGCCCGAGACGGGUCCAUCGUAUAUUUUCAAGUGCCUGCCGCGAGGGGAUGACGGGAGCACCGAGAAGUGGUACACGCUGGACUGGGACAAGGUGAAGUGGAUGGAGAAUAAGUGGAUGGCGGACAUUCCGCACUGA